AUGCUAGACGAGGCUGAGAGGAAACUGAUUGGAGGCCUCACAGAACUCUCCGUCGAUGUCGAAAAUCAUUUUCGUGCAUUGGCAGAGAUAGAAGAGCCGUUACAAAGACCACUUGCUACCGAAGCGUUAACGAUAGUCUCAAACAGAACAGGUAACCAAGGGGCUGAGGGCGAAGUCUUGCUCAAAGAUCGUAUCAUGAAAUUUCGUGCAUUGCGAGAAGAGAAAGAGGACGUCCUGAGCAAAUUGUGGAAGGAAUGGGAAGAUAUCCAGUUUGAUCUGAUAAGACUUGCCGUCGAGGCCUUCGGAAAGCAGUCACUCCUCAUCGUCCAGCUUCAAGAUAGAGCCAUGAAGCCAGGCCAGCAAGAGAGACUGGAGAACACCCUUGACUCUGCUCAAAAGAUACACGAUGAGAUUCACAACCAACAUGCACAACUGGAACAAGAGAUGACAGGAUUUGAAGAGACCAUUGGCCAGAUCUCGAAUAGAACGAAGAAGGCAGCCGCCGACAUGCAGCAGCAAUAUAAUGUGCAAAAGAGCAAGUUGUUCAAGGGCCUCAUGCAAUCCAUUGAGCAGCUUGCGGCGUUGUGA